AUGUGCCACUUGUGCUACCCCAGGGAUUGUGGCUCGUACUUUGAACAUGCGGAUGUUGAUCUAGCAGCCGCAUUGCCCACUCCCUACAUGCAGGAACAUUCAGACCUGUCAACUGUUCAGUUUCAUCAUCCAGCUCUACGCUCCCUCUUCACACCAAUGUACCUGCGGCUUGAGCGCGAGGUGUUCAACUGUACACAGGCGGAAGGCAUAAUGUGUGCCAUGGCAGAUGUCAUCGAUGAGACAAAGAUGUUCGCGAAAGCUGAGCAGGAGAAGGAUAAGGCGUAUGCUGUCGUCCUCAUGCCACCCGUCAUGCAUCUUAAUACAUCAUGUCUCGUCGAUGCGAAAAGUAAAGCUCUUCGCACCCGAGGAAGCUCGUCGGAGUGGCACCCAAGACACGUGGAUACAUCCCUGAGGCAUACGUUAUCGGUGGCAUCACGAGAGGACGAGCCUUUGACGACCGAGCGGCACAGAGCGUUGACGUUCACACGUCACUGGGUAUUGACACUCGUGAUCGUGAUUCUACUCAUGCCUACCGUGCAUCGAGAAGUAUCACUCGUCAAGCCAGACAUCAGAGGAGUACCAGAGCCGUGUCUGUGGCCGCAGCAUACUGUACACAACUAUAUCUCUGCACUCGUGACUAGCGAGUUCGACGACUCGCCUCGCGGUUGUGCGCCCGGUUUAUUACAGGAGAGAACUGUGGGGGACUCUAUGUAUGAGUCUAAGCUGCGCGUAUGCCUUGAGCGAGCGUGCCGGAGUGUAGAGGAAGGAAAUGAUUGCGAGACGGUGGAUGGAAAAGAUGACGACGCGAAAUUGACGACGAAAACGACGGCACCUGGCAUGGUUAACCAGCCCUCUGUGGCUUCUCUCGUCUAUUCGUUUGAUCGGUAUGCUGCACGGUAUGAGGCGAUGGUGUCGGUCACGACGGCGCGAUACGGACAAUGA